AUUAUUAGUGUAACGACUGGUGAGGUUGUUAAAACAAUUUCCGAUUCAUUCGGAAACUGCCAUAAUGAUGAAAUUACGUGCAUGAUGUUAAAUCCAAGUGAUCCAUUGCAGUUGUUUUCUGGAUCCUUGGAUGGUACGAUUAAAGUAUGGAAAUAUAGUGAUGUGGAACUGUUAAAG